CCAAGCUAUGCAGCUAAGAAUGCUUGACGGUAUAUCUCGAUGCGAAUUUGGCGGUUUAGAUAAGUUCCUUACCUUUUACUUAGACACUAGAGCGUCGCACUUUGGCGGGAUGCGGAAAAGUAAAAUGCUACAGAAAUUGUGCCGCAAAUACAACUCACCGAGGGGGAGGGUGUGUCCUAUACCUCGUAACGUCAUCUCAGAUCGAGUAGGGGAGGUCUGUAGGUCAGCCAACUUCACUGUGGUAAAAACUAUUCGCGUGGACGAAGUCAAAAUAUUUCGAGCCAUAGCGGAAGCCGGGGAGCGGACCGGAAAUGACGUCAAGAUCAUCCAUCUUGUCCGAGAUCCCAGGGCAGUCGCCGCGUCACGUCUAGCCCUUCAGUACAAGAACGAGUCGACAUUUUCUCACAGUCAACUCAACUCUACCAAAGUGCAGAACCUCUGCAAGUGGAUGUUGAGAAACGUCCAGUACAGAGACCAGGUGAAAACCUGGCUACGCGAGAGAUAUACUUUACUCAGGUUCGAAGAUAUCGCUACGUCGCCACUCCGUGUGGUGAAAAAGCUGUACGAGUUUGUCGGUAUACAACCUCACAAAGCGGUAUUUCGUUGGUUGAAGGAGAACACGAACGUAACAGGACAGAUUAAAGAUCCGUAUUCGCAGCGGGGAAAUCUAAAAGAGACCGCAAACUCUUGGAGGGGUAGACUCACCCUCUCCGCCGUGGAGAACAUUCAAGAGACGUGUAGAGAAGCUAUGAAACUUUUGGGGUACAAAAUAGUCAAGGAUGAAAGAGAGUUGCGUAAUGAUUCCAUAUCCCUUAUAGCAAAACUUGAUGAGAAUGUCAUCCAUGUCUAA